AUGAGGAAGGAGUUGCAAGCCACCAUUCUGGACUGCAAGGCUGAACUGGCUGGGUCCCUGUGGCUUAAUGUCAAAGACAAUCUCCUGUUACGCAGAAAACAGUGGUGUAACUAUGACGGCUAUGAUGAUGAUGAAGCUGAGUAUUGCAAGUUUUGCCCAACAGUGCACAUAGUCCUCCUCCUGCUCUCCACCAGCAUUGCUUUAAUCAAGUUUAUUACUGACCAAUUUGUGUACUACGAGGUUCUAAUAUUUGUCACGAAAGACUCUCAGCUCACCAGGAAGCUGCCGGAAAACAGAGACUUGCAAAGCCUUCCAUUUAAAGCCGCGGAGAAAUCCCUGCUGAGGGGCUCGUCCCCCGCCUCGGGCACCGACGGGGACUCCCCGGAGCCGCUGCUGAAGGCGGAGGGGGAGCAGAAGGAGCUGGACUCCAAGAGCCCCGACGAGAUCGUCCUGGAGGAGAGCGACUCGGAGGAGGCGAAGAAGGAGGGAAGCUCGGAGGACUGGAAGAAGCGGGAGGAGAGCCCGGAGAAGAAACCCUGCCGCAAGAAGAAGACGCGCACGAAGGAGCUGGACUCCAAGAGCCCCGACGAGAUCGUCCUGGAGGAGAGCGACUCGGAGGAGGCGAAGAAGGAGGGAAGCUCGGAGGACUGGAAGAAGCGGGAGGAGAGCCCGGAGAAGAAACCCUGCCGCAAGAAGAAGACGCGCACGGUCUUCAGCCGCAGCCAGGUCUUCCAGCUGGAGUCCACCUUCGACAUGAAGCGCUACCUGAGCAGCUCGGAGCGGGCCGGCCUGGCCGCCUCCCUGCACCUGACAGAGACCCAGGUGAAAACCUGGUUCCAGAACCGUAGGAACAAGUGGAAACGGCAGCUCUCGGCCGAGCUGGAGGCGGCCAACAUGGCCCACGCCUCGGCGCAGACUCUGGUGGGGAUGCCGCUGGUGUUCAGAGACAAUUCCCUCCUCCGAGUGCCGGUGCCCCGCUCCAUCGCCUUCCCCGCCCCUCUCUACUACCCCGGCAGCAACCUCUCGGCCUUACCGCUCUACAACCUCUACAACAAGAUCGACUACUGA